CCGGGAGAGCGCGGCGGGCCGCGGGGCCGUCGGGCCUGAGGGCACUCAGGCAUCCGGAAAAGCCACAGAAUGUCUGUGACCCAGGGAGAUGCCUGCAAUAACGUGAAAGUGGUGGUGCGAGUUCGUCCAGAAAAUUCCAGGGAAAAAGCUGUCAACUUCUACAAAGUCGUUCAUGUUGUGGAUAAGCACAUACUAGUAUUCGACCCGCAGACGGAGGAAGUCGGCUUCUUUCGUGGAAAUAAGGCCACCAAUCAAGAUAUUACUAAGAAAAAGAGGAAGGACCUUAAAUUCGUAUUUGAUGCUGUUUUUGAUGAACAUGCGACUCAGCAGGAAGUUUUUGAAGACACCAGGAGCAUACUGGAUGGCUUUUUGAAUGGAUAUAAUUGCACAGUACUGGCAUAUGGGGCCACAGGAGCUGGAAAGACUCACACAAUGCUGGGAUCGCCCGAAGAACCCGGAAUUAUGUACCGAACCAUGGUGAACCUCUACAACUCCAUCGACCAGAUUAAAGAGGAGAAACUCUGCAGCGUUGCCGUGUCUUAUCUAGAGGUAUACAACGAACAGAUACGGGAUCUUCUAACAAAUUCAGGGCCGUUGGCUGUUCGCGAAGAUGCCAUGAAAGGGGUAGUGGUUCAAGGACUAACAUUACAUGAGCCCAAAACCGCAGAGGAGAUACUACAAAUGUUGGAUUACGGAAACAGAAACAGGACUCAGCACCCGACUCACGCGAAUGACACAUCCUCGCGCUCUCAUGCCGUUUUCCAGAUUUACUUGAAUCAACAAGACAAAACAGCAAGCAUUAAUCCAGAUGUCUGUAUGGCCAAAAUGUGUCUCAUUGACUUGGCGGGAUCGGAGCGUGCCAGUGCAACAAGCGCCAGGGGAGCCCGUUUUAGAGAGGGCACUAACAUUAACCGUUCCCUUCUAGCGCUCGGAAAUGUCAUCAACGCCUUAGCAGACGCUAAGAGGAAGAAGCAGCAUAUCCCUUACAGAAAUAGCAAGCUUACCCGACUGCUAAAAGAUUCUCUUGGAGGAAACUGUCGAACAAUAAUGAUAGCUGCUGUCAGUCCUUCUUCUAUGUUCUACGAUGACACAUAUAAUACACUCAAGUAUGCCAACCGGGCAAAAGAAAUAAAAUCUUCGCUGAAGAGCAAUGUUAUUAAUCUGGACAGCCAUAUAACACAAUACGUAAAGAUCUGUGAGGAACAAAAGAAGCAGAUUAUAAUAUUAAAAGAAAAACUGAGGGCCUAUGAAGAACGGGAAGUAGUCGCUCCUGAAAAUAGUCAAGUGAGCGUGUUACCUUCAAACAGGCAGGAAACAGAAAAUCGAAGGUUUCGAAGCAUUUUAAAUUGCGUAUUCCAGAAGCGUGAGGAGAUCAGACAGGAAUAUUUAAGGUUAGAGAUGCUACUGAAGGAGAAUGAGCUGAAGACCUUCUACCAGAAACAGUACCAUAAGCAGAUAGCGAUGAUGUGUUCAGAAGAGAGCGUAGAAAAGGCCACCUGCAAACGGGAUCACAGACUGGCGAUGCUGAAAACUCGUCGGUUGCACAUGGAGAAGAAAAAGAUGGAGGAGAUGCAACGAUUUGGUGAAAAUACUAAUUGGCUCCGUCAGGUCCAAGAUGAAAUUCAUCUCCAGACCCAAAAUGGCUCCAUUCCAAAGGAUCUCUGCAACGAUCUGCAGUGCUGCCAGUUGAAGCUAGAGAUCAAGGACUUGAAAACUCAAGUUAGACAUGUGAUGGACCUCGCAUCUCUUCAGGAACAGCAGCAUAAACGGACAGAAAAUGUCCUGAAUUCUCUGCUUCCGGUCCUAAGAAGUCAGUUCCUCGCGUUGAAAGAAGCAGGCCUAGCGACCGCCGCCAUUGAGUCUGACUUUAAGGAGGUUCAGCAUUUAGUGGAGAGAAAGAAAGCAGUGGUUUGGGCCGACCAAACCCUUGCCGAAUCACCAAAACCCGAUCUACCAGAGAUUUCCGUUGUCAUGGCCUUUCCGCAGCUCGGGCCCAACCCUGACGGUAUGCCUUCAGAUGAAUUAGAAGAAAAAAUUCCACUAGCCAUCAGUGAAUCAAAAAUUCCUCCACAAAAGAGAACACGAAGAAAAUUAAUGGCUUCUCCCCUGGGUGACGAAGAUACCGAAAAUUCUAAACCAUCUCACAGUAAUCAACUUGAUGAUUCUCUAAGCAAAGAGCUCCAACCUAUUGUAUAUACUCCUGAAAUGUGCAGAACGACCGUUUCAAAUCUCUGCUCAGAGACUGUGGAAAAGCAAGCAUUGCAUGCAUCUAGCUUUCAGAAAGUCAACAGCUGGAAUAUAGACGCUAAUGGCCCUCUGAAAAGAAUAGAUGAAAUUGACAUUCCCUGUGAUAGAAUGGGCUGUGAUCAAGAGGACUUGAGACCUCAAUUUAUUCUCAGAGAAGACACCAGUAAAGCCAAACGUGAAUUAAUAGAAAAGGAUGAUUCACGAACCAGUAGAAACAGCGUCCUUCACAGGCUUGGCAUUCCUCCUUCGUUUAGUAGAAAUCCUCUACCAGAAACGGACGAAGUGCCGUCUUACAUGGCGAUGACUUCAGCUGCUCAGAGAAAACGGAAAUUAAUGAGUUCUGCAGCAAGUGACGCAUUAAAGAACGUGCAAGAAUCCGGGUCCGCCAAGCGUAGUCGUCAGGACGCCCCGAGUCGCAGGCCUCUUCAUGUAAAUAAAUUGACAGUUUUACGAAGGAGGCAAGACCGAAGUCCAAAAGGGAAUGGAAAACUCGGUCGAAGUAUCUCAGAAGGAAACCUGGUGUUUGCUUCAAAGUCGAGAACAUCAAAAUUUAUUAAGCCUAAUUUUUUAAAGUAUGUUUCUAAGAAGUGAAAUGUCCCUUCACGUGCUCUUCCAAGGAAAUGUACGGACAAACUCCAAGGAUAGCUCCCCAUGGACUCUUCCCAAGACAACUUGUACUGUGCUGAUGUCACCCUUCAAAUGUCUUCGAGCAGAGAAGAAAAUAUUUCUUUUACGUUUGAUGUUAAAUUGUUAAAGUAAAUUUAGAUUUCAGCUGAGCGUAUUGAAAGCUAUUUUGUUUAAAUGACUUUUUAAGGAAAAACUUCAAGGAAGGCGAGUCCUUUUUUUUGAAAUUCUAUUUUAAUCUAGGGAUCGGUUUUCCACUGGAUCCCACUGGAGUGAAUUCAUAUAAAUUUCCUAGGAACCAACAUUUUGAGCACUUUUUAAAGAUUUUUUUGACAUGGAAUUUUACCUUAAAAUUGAAUUCAAGACUUUCUGUUUAAAUCUUAAUGUGCUAAGCCACUUGUUAAUUAUUUUCCUAUAAUGUUUUAAUGGCUGAAUUUUCAACUUUAGAUGUCCCUCAUAGCUCUAGUAUCUCUCAAACUAAAGCACCAUUUAAAGAAAGUCUCUGUAAGUAGCCUCUUUUCCCCUAAAUAUUUUGACACCUAUUGUAGAUUUGGAAUCCCAAAAUGUUGUUGUAAAUAGUUGUACUUCUGCGAUUGUUGUGAAUAAAAUAAUUUCAUUGUU